CAGCGGCGGAAGUGGCCGGCGAACCCGGUCCCCGCCGGUACCAUGCUCCCCUUGUCACUGCUGAAGACGGCUCAGAAUCACCCCAUGCUGGUGGAGCUGAAGAACGGGGAGACCUACAAUGGGCACCUGGUGAGCUGUGACAACUGGAUGAACAUCAACCUGCGGGAGGUCAUCUGCACGUCCCGGGAUGGGGACAAGUUCUGGAGGAUGCCUGAGUGCUACAUUCGCGGCAGCACCAUCAAGUACCUACGCAUCCCAGACGAGAUCAUCGACAUGGUCAAGGAUGAGGUGGUGGCCAAGGGCCGUGGGCGUGGUGGCCUGCAGCAGCAGAAGCAACAGAAGGGCCGUGGCAUGGGGGGUGCUGGGCGAGGUGUGUUUGGUGGUCGUGGCCGUGGUGGGAUCCCAGGCACCGGCAGGGGUCAGCAGGAGAAGAAGCCAGGCCGACAGGCUGGCAAGCAGUGAGC